UGGAAACUUCUCAGUGACAUGAAACAAGGUGAAGUGGUAGAUGUCAUAAAGAGUGACCAUUGUAUCCUCAAGUAUGGCGAACAGAAAUACAACCUCAUGGGACACCGGCGUUCUGAUCAUGAACUGAUCCGUCAGAAAAUGCGUGAGUUAGGGAGACUGGUUUUAAAAGGAAGGCAGGUGUCCCCUCUCAAAUCACUUGAGGAGUACAUUGAUCCAGCCAACUUCCAACACACAGUUAAUGCAGUUAAAGCUGUUACAGGCUUUCAGUGUGAAACAAAUAAGAUAGCAGUGCCAACGCUAGCCAACAAACUUGGUCAGAGCCUCAUGAAGGUUGCCGACAUUGUAAGUUGUGAUGCAAGGAUCUCCGGUGACACAACAAAAGUUCAAAAAGCAGAGGACUUCAAACACAUCUAUCAGACACGCUGGAGGGAGAUGAUCUCAUGUCAUGCUCACAAUACCCUGGAAGAAAAAAGGUACAACGCUCCACUGAUCUUGCCAUUUGCAGAUGAUGUCAAGAAACUCCAUAUAUAUUUAAAGGAGAAACAGCAAGAAUACUACAGCACACUUUUUUAAUGCACCGAACACCAAGACCUGGGCAAAACUGGCUAAAGUCACUCUUGCACAAAUGAUCAUCUUCAACAGAAAAAGGCAAGGAGAAGCCUGUCUGAUGCCAGUACAAUCAUUCGAGUCUCGAGACAAAUCUACUUUAAAUAGUGAUAUUGCUGACUCUCUCUCAGAAGUUGAACAAGCACUAUGCAAGUACUUUAGUCGUGUAGAAAUCCGUGGAAAACGCGGAAGGAAAAUUGCAGUACUUUUGGCACCGGAAAUGAUCAAAUCCAUGGAGUUGCUGGUUAAAACACGUGAAGUUUGCGGUGUUCCGAAGGAGAACAUCUACAUGUUUGCAAUCCCAGGCUGCGAGACAUCAUUUCGUGGAUCAGACUGCCUGCGCUGCUUUGCCAUGGAGUGUGGUGCUAAAUGUCCAAAAGCCCUAUCGUCCACCAAGUUGCGCAAACACAUCUCUACAAUGUCCAGAGUUCUUAACAUGAACGACACAGAAAUGGACCAACUUGCUGAUUUCCUGGGACAUGAUAUUCGUAUCCACAGGAAAUAUUACAGAUUACCCGAGGGAACACUCCAGCUGGCAAAAAUCACCAAAGUAUUGAUGGCAAUGGAGCAGGGAAGGCUUAACGAAUUCAGAGGGAAAGGUCUUGACCAGAUCAGCAUCAAUCCAACAGAGUGCGUUGAGCCUGGUCCUGGGAUAGAGAGUGAAACCGAACUGUCAGAUCAUUCUCAUGAUGUGACGUCAAGUGAGACAGCAGGCACUUCAGGAGUGAAUAGCAGCAGGCCAGUAAACACGAAUGAAGGAUCUCCGGAGAGGACACGGGAGGUCAUGAAAGUAACAUCAGUUCCUAGGAAGAGAAAGUGGAGUGAGGUGGAGAUUGCGGCUGUAGAAGAGACAAUGAUGAAAUUUAUUCACUCGGGAGUUACUCCUGGAAAAGUCGACUGCGUUGCAUGCAUUACAGCAGCCCCCAAAGCCCUCGGUGAACGAGACUGGCAGGCGGUGAAGUAUUAUAUAAAAAACAGAAUCACAGCAUACGAGAGAAAGACCUCAAAAAAGUAAGGUGGAUUUUGAAUGUUGAUUCCGUUUUUGCGUUUUAGUUGAUUUAUAUUGUUUUGUUUUGUUUUGGUCUCAAUACCAUUGUUGGAAACAUUAUAUUGUAAUUUAAGUUUUGAAAGAGUUAAGACGGCUCGAUGUUGGUUGUAAAUUUGGUGCUUGGACUUCUUUUUUUUAAGUCUGCUGGCAAAAUGCUGUGUCAGGUGAUAAGGAGUUGGUGUAAAUGUUCAGUAGCCAUACGACAGAGUGAGUGCCUAUAGUUUUCAAUGCCUUUAUUCAGGCCCCUUUACUUUUCACAUUUUAAUUUUAAAUUGAUUAAUUUAUUUUCUGAUGGCACAUCAUAAAAACUAUAUGUUGUAAUAUCUGGUGGCAAGCACGGAACCCAUACUGUACUGAUUAAAUUUGGCUGUAGAUUCAAUUUGUAUCAAGGUCGUUUUUAUUUCUCUUGGAUUUUUUUUUUUAAUGACUUAAAGAUUAAAUUCUUAGAGCAUUUCAAAACAAGACAAAAAAAACUCCAUUCCACUGAUAAUGUUCAUAAUUUUAGACAAUUUAAGAAUUGUAGCUCUGAUCUAACCUUUCCGAAUGUGUUAUUACUGGUUAACUACAGGAUACUUAACUUUACCUCAAACAUAAUACAUACUUUUAAAAGUAACCUUACCAUGUAUACGUUUAAUGGGUUUUUUGUGUGUAUCUUCUUGUUUGUGCUCUGUCAGUAUAAGGGUCGGUGUUUGUAAAAGCACUCUGUGACAACUUGGUUUUAAAGGGCUUUAUAAUAUAUAUUAGAUUGACUUUGAUAAGAGCAGCUAAAUCACAUUCAACGAAUGUCUCUCAUGGGUCAUAAUAAUCAGUAAAUGUAGCAACUGAAUUGUGUAAGAAUGAGUUAAAUGCAGUAUAUGAUUGUGGCAGUCUUAGUGGACUGAAAUGACUUGCAGUUGAAGAAGUUAAAGUUCAUUUUUGAAGUCAAGCUGAACUAACUUGUUAAACCACCCUAUUUUUAACAAACCAAUAUAACUUCCAGAAAUACCAUUAUGAAUUGGCCAGCUGGCCAUAUUAUGACCUUUCUUUGUCUGUAGAUUACACUGGUUUGUCCCCAGAUUGGACAUUCCAUGUGUACUUACUCAUACACUAGUUGGUCAGGGUUUUGUCCCCAGAUGGGACUUCCGUUAAUGCCCAUAUAAGGAGUUGUCCCCGUGUCCCCACAUGUGUUAACCUGACCUGUCCCCAGAUUAUCACCUACCCUUAUUUUAAUGAAUUAAUUACAUUUUAAGUGAGAUAUUUAUUAAACUUUUUUUUUUAGAUUUUUUGAUGCGUUUAUCUAGUCUCUAGGAUGUCAGGAAAGUGGUGUCCCCAAAAUGUGGUAAAUAACUGGUGCCCCCACGAGGCACCCCAAACAAGUAUGUGUGUGUGUGUGUGUGUGUGUGUGUGUGUGUGUGUGUGUGUAUGUGUUAAAUGCACUAGACUUGGCCACACGUCACAUCCUUUCCUUCUCUUUUCCUGAAAGUGAACAGUAAUCUUUAAUAUGACUGUAACUGCUGUAGAGUAUAAUGAUACUAACUGUAGUUUCUCCAGCUUGAAUUGUGUGUUCAUCAGUAGAUCACUGAGGUGUUUCACUCCAGAGUCUCCUAGUAGUUUAU